AUGGCCAAAAGAUUUACGCAACGUACAGUAAAUUGGUUAGAAUUAGAGAAAAGAGUACCACCGGAACAAAAAACGAACUUUUAUGUGUUCAAAGGAAAAUCUGAUGUGUACUUGCAGCGUGUACUCGCCAACCCUGCUGAGAUGCCGAAAAUUAAUUGGGACACAUAUAGAAAAUUAAUUCCCGAUAAGAAAAUUGUGGAUAAUUUAAAAUCUGAUCUGGAGAAAUACAAAGUACCCUACCCAGAAGACACACUAACGUCUAAAAUAGAAGAACAGUGGAAGGCUUUGCAGCCAGAAAUUGAAAAAUUUUGCGCAGAGCAAGAUAAAGAGAUAGAAAAGGCCACCAAGGAACUUAACAUAAUAAAAGCUUUGCCGAAAUUUGAAGAUAUGACUAUGGAGAUGUAUUACGAUUUGUACCCUGAUGAAGCUUUGGACCCAGUUAAUCGACCUACUUUCUGGCCACACAAUCCCGAGGAACAGCUGGGAUACCAAACACCUGAACAAAAAGCGAUGAAAAAGGGCGGUGGUCAUUAA